CACAACAACAGACUGGCUCCUGGCUCAUUAGACAGCAGUACAGAAACGAUCAUGGCGACGGUGCCCACGCUGGUCUUAUUUGCUUUCAUACUCGCUACGGAUACGAUCGGAGCUUUUCCUUUGCACGGAGGUGUGUCCAAUCCAGGCAGACUGCUGGCCUUGAAAACGAGCAUGAAUACGCCGCUGCGGAGGCCGCGUGCGGCUGUGAGCCAGGCCUACAGACGACAAGCAUGCGUGCCCAUGGCCAACGCGGGCGGGGACUUGGAAGAUGACGCUAGGAUCAUCAGGCAGGCGAAAGCUUGGGUGCGAGACGUGGUGGUGAAGCUUCGGCUUUGCCCGUUCGCGGAGGCGGUUUUCAACGCGAGGAGUGGCGUUCGGUACGUGGUAACGCCCGCCGAAACGACGGACGAGGUUUGGAGAGAGUUCUUGCUGGAGGUGGACUUCCUCAUGGACCACGACCGGGAGGAUGUAGGGACAACCUUAUUGAUUGCACCACGUUUUCUCAGCGAUUUCCGCGAGUUCAACGACUUCUGCAGAUGGCUGGAGGAGACAAUCGAAGACGAUGAGGCCCUCGUUGACCAGGUGCUGGUGGCGUGCUUUCACCCCAGGCACGCCUUCCACGGCCUGGAACAGGACGACGUGCUAAACUACGAAAAGAGGUCUCCGCACCCGACCAUCAACCUACUAAGGUGUUGUACCACAUGGCAUGAGCGAAGCAGUAUCUGAUGACGACGCUAAC